AUGUUUAAAUUUUUAAUUAAUAAUUUAAGAAAAAAAAUAGUUGAAUCAUCUAAAAUGUCAUUUUCAAAAGAAACGAGAUCACUGCGGUCUAAUAAAAAAGAACCUAAUGAUGAAAUAAAAAUAAAAGAUGAAGAUUCUAAAGAGGAAAUAGUUGUAUCAAAAUAUUUUGUUGCUGAGGUUUUAGAACCACAAAAAAAAUCGAAAAAAACAGCUGGAAAAAAACGUAAAUCCAUUGAAAUAAAAUAUGAAGAAAAUCAAAGUGUUGAAAAUGCUGGACAAGAAAAAGAAAAUAAUGAAUGGUUCCCGAAAAAUUGGAAGGAAACGUGGAAAUUAAUAAAAGAAAUGAGGAAAGAUGCUACAGCACCUGUUGACGAUAAAGGUUGUCACAGAUGUUCUGACCCAAAAGCUGAUCCACCUACAUUCCGUUAUCAAACUCUGACAUCAUUGAUGCUAAGUAGUCAGACUAAAGAUCAAGUAAAUCAUGCAGCUAUGCAGCGUCUCAAAGAUCAUGGUUGUACACCUCAAAAUCUUCUUGCGACAUCAGAUGAAGUUCUUGGCAAACUUAUUUAUCCAGUUAGUUUCUGGAAGAGAAAGGUGCAGUUCAUAAAAAAAGUCGCCAAGAUAUUGAUUGAUUCUUACGGUGGAGAUAUUCCGAAUAACAUUGAAGAAUUAUGUGCUCUUCCUGGUGUCGGCCCUAAAAUGGGACAUCUUUGUAUGCAAGUUGCCUGGAAUAAAGUAACAGGUAUAGGUGUUGAUGUACACGUUCACAGAAUUUGCAAUCGUUUGGAAUGGGUUAAAAAAUAUGCUAAAACGCCUGAAGAGUCAAGAAAACAAUUAGAGUCAUGGUUGCCGAGAGAAUUGUGGAUGGAAAUAAAUUAUUUACUUGUUGGCUUUGGACAAGAAAUUUGUUUGCCUCAACGUCCAAAGUGCGAUCAAUGUUUGAACAAUAAACUUUGUCCUUUUGCUAAAUCUAACAAUAACACUAAUAAAAAAUCUAAGAAAUAA